GGCACAUUAAAAUCUCUCUAGGGAAGAACCCGAUGGAGCCUCCAUAUAAAAUGAUCCGCCUCAUUCCUCAAGAUUAAAAUUGUCACCGAAAAAGAAACCGAAAAUUAGAAAUUGAAAAUUCCGCAAAGCCUUCUAGAAGACCUAGCACUAGCAAGCAAUGGAGUUUUGGGGUGCUGAGGUAAAAAGUGGUCAGUCUCUUGUUGUUGAUCCUGGUGAAAAGCUUCUGCAUCUUUCGCAGGCUUGUCUGGAUGACCUUAAGAAAGCGAAGGGAGGCGAUCCUAUUUCACUCUUUGCAAAAGUUGGUGAUCUGAAGCUUGUUCUUGGGUUUCUUUCUGCUGAGAAAUCCCCUCAGUUAAUGUUUGAUAUUGUAUUUGAUGAGAAAUUUGAGCUAUCCCAUAACUGGAAAAAUGGGAGCGUCCACUUCACUGGAUAUAAGUCUAUGUGUAUUGUGGAGUCUGAUUCUGAAAAGGAUGAUGCACCACCUAUUAGGGCACCUACUCUGGUUGAUAAGGGAAAAGCAAAGGUUAAUGUUACUGAGGUAGCUAAGAAGCCUAUUAAAUCUGAGCAAAAGGAAGCUAGUAGCGAUGAUGAUGAUGAGUUUGUUGGUCAUCAGGCCUUGGCUGAGGGAGAUAGCAGUAAAGAUUUUGACGAAAGUGAUGAUGAUUCUGACAGUGACGAUGACAGUGAAGAGGAUGAAGAAACUCCGAAGAAGGCUGAUGUUGGCAAGAAGCGACCUGCUGAAUCUUCUAAAACACCUGCUAAUGACAAGAAGCCAAAGUUUGUUACUCCUGAAAAGAUUGGUAGCAGGAAGGGCAGCGUCCACACAGCAACUCCACACCCUUCAAAGCAGACUGGGAAAAAACCAGCUACGUCCGACCAGUCAAAGCAGCAGGCUCCUAAAUCAAGCGGUGCAUUCCAUUGCCAACCCUGCAACAGGUCGUUUAACUCGGAUGGUGCAUUGCAAAGCCAUACAAAGGCAAAGCACAGUGCUGCAAAGUGAGAGGCAGAUUAUUCUCCACCCUCUACAUGGUGAUGUUUUGGGAUUUUGACCAGAAGAAAGAAGUUCGGUUUAGCAAGAUAAACGGAGAUUAUUGGUUACUAACUGGUUCUGUUUUAACCAGCAUGGAUGAGAAUUUAUUGCAGUUGAUUAAUCUGAGUUCUGUGGUUUUCGAAUUUAAGACGUUAUGAUUCGUUAUUUUACGUCGCUGUUCGUUGCUUUCGUUUCUUACCAA